AUGCUUUGCUAUACCUAUCAUGUUUGUACAUUCUUUUGUAUACCAACCACUGUCUUUUCAUUUUCAUUCUGUAGAUCACACGUUGAAACCGUUGAAGAUGUCUUGGAGCGUGAUAAGCGUACUGUAUUCUGCAUGCAACUUGCUGCUCGCUUGCGAUCACACGAGCUUGUCAAAUUUUUUGAAGCUUGUGGUAAAGUUCGUGAUGCUAGUUUAGUCAUUGACAAGCAUACUGGUCGAUCUAAAGGCGUUGCUUAUGUUGAAUUUUAUGAAGUAGAAGCUGUAUCAAAGGCACUUGAAAUGACUGGUCAGAAAUUGUUGGGCAUUCCUAUUAUUGUACAGCUAACUGAAGCUGAGCGUAAUCGGGUUGCUUUGCAGGCUGCCUCAAAAACUGUAGAUACAGCUGCUUCUAGGAUUUAUGUUGGUUCACUUGAUUAUAGUCUUACAGAGCAGGAUGUUGCAAAUGCAUUUCAAGGUUUUGGACCUAUCGAGUUUAUCAACAUUCACAUGGACAAGGAAACCGGUCAUUCUAAAGGAUACGCUUUUGUGCAGUAUGUAAAAGAUGCAUGGUUUCUCAACAUAUUUAUUUUAAAACUACAGAUUCGUGUUAAUCUUAUUUCAGAGAAGUCUCAAUCUGCUCCAGUUACUAAUGCCAGCAAUGUUGGUAUUGCUAGCGAAAAUAUUGCUACAUUUAACAUGGAUGAUGGUGAAAUGGAAGGUUUUCAAAUGAAUUCGCUCUCUCGGGCUGAACUAAUGGCCAAACUGGCUCGCACUGAACCCACUCUUUCCAAAACUUCUGCUUCUGUAGCAGCCAUUAUAUUUACUAAUACUUACUUUGUGUUUGACAGUUCAACCAAGCCUGCAGUUGUUGUUCCAACCAUGGAAACACGAUGUGUGCUUUUAAAAAAUAUGUUCAAUCCUGAAAAUGAAGUAGAAUCAAACUGGGUUCAGGAGAUCGAAGAAGAUGUCAAGGAAGAGUGCACUAAGUUUGGCAAAAUUUUACAUAUCUCAGUUGAUCCUGAAUCUCAUGGUCAUGUUUAUCUUAAAUUUGAUAGUCUUGUUUCAUCACAGGCAGCUGUAAAGGCACUUCAUGGUCGCUUUUUCGCUGGAGCACGAGUAAGUAAAGAUGGCGGUGUUUUUUGGUUUAAAUCUGCUGGUUUAAUUAAAUUCUAA